UGUAGUUCAAAGCGGAUUCGUCCGCACGUACACGACGACUUGCACGGUGUUCAUUAACCGCUCCGCAUAUACAGGUUCAACUGGUACACGACGGACCAGGCAGCAAUUAACACACGAAGAAUUGUACGUCCUUGGGGCCUGCAUGAGCAACUUGAAGAGAAAGAAAAGCCACAGUUUUCGCCCACAUUUCCAAAGUUCAUGGCUGCCUAUAUACGUCACUGCGAAUUGACAGCAUUCUUCUGUAUCUCCUUGGACUUUCGACGCAGAGACAAAUAGUAUUGACUGCCAGCAAGCGUAUCCAUUUCAAACUCCAGCCGCUCAGCGUUUGUUCGGAGCUAAGAGCCGCCCGUUUCAUUCAUCGAUUGUGCUCGCGAAAUCGUCACUCAUUUGCUGACGUUUUGGCCUCUGAAAAUAACAUCUGAAUUCGACUAUCAAAUUGAUCGAGUGCAGGGUUAGCUGAUCAUUUGUGGAACUAUAAAAUAGAGCGAGAAAAGUUGCGACCAGGCAUUGGCAAUCAGGAUUUUAAUACUGAUCAACUGUCUCUCAAGAUAUUCUUCUAAGUUUUCGACGGGUUCCCCAAGCAUGAAGGUUGGCGAGUUACCGUUCGCACUCCACCGGAGGAGCUGCCCGUGGAGCAGUCCGACAACAUCAACGGACCAAAACAGCAACAACCAGCAGCAAUCGCCCGCACACCAGCGGCCAUCACCACUCACAGCGUUACUCUUCGAAGCCAAUGAGUCAUCGUCAUCGUCACCAUCAACCGGUACAUCGCCGCCCGAUCCUGCCUCAACGACGACAGCCACAACGACCACGCCGCCGAUGUUCACAUCGCAACGCUGUACGUGUCCGUGCAGCGACUGCGUGAAACUGGAUCGCGACUCGCAGUGUGGCAUGGAUAUGGACUUAGCGCGUUGGUUGACGAAAUGCGCCGAAUUCGGCAAUGGACACACGGGUUUGGCUAACAUCAACGCACACGACAGGCAAAUACUGGUGUGCUCCGCCUGGAAAGACAUUGUCAUUCUGUACAUGGCACAGAACAAGUUCAAUUUCGACGUGGUCUUCGCUGGCAUGCAUGAAUACCUUGAAGACAUACCCCUACACCAGUACGUUCAGACGACACAUUACCAGGUUGACUCGCAGUUCCAGGGAGAUUUUAUUGCAAAGACGGGGGUAGUUUCUCAGACCUAUGUGCAUCCGCUAAGGAGAGGGAGUGAUUAUGGAAUACCGACCAUGAGAACUGUUAACCAGCUCCAGUUCACGUUAUCAAAGCUGAAUCAGAUGCAACUUGACUCGAAGGAAUACGCCGUACUGAGGAUACUGCUGCUCUUAAAUUCAGACCUGCAUUCCUUGACCGACAGCCGAGCGAUAGAGGUGGCCAGCGAGAAGGUCCACACGGCCUUGAUGGAGUAUGAGACCCUCAAGUACCCCGAUGACCCGCUUCGGCUCUCCCACAUGCUCCUGCUUCUGCCUGGUGUCCGGGGGUUCAGUGCGGCCGUGUUUGAGAACCUCUUCUACCAUCACCUGAUCGGAGACACCAGUGUCACGUCGGUACUCCGGGAACUCAUGGCUCGGUAACCGACCAUGUCCCCAGCUGCCCAGCAUGAAGGACAAAAUAGCCUUUGAGGAAAUCACCAAACGUGAAGUGCAUGCUCUUCUUGUCAGACUGAGGACUUGGUACCGGUCUCGCACUGGUACGCUUCUAUCUCCUACAAACUGUAAGCUACUGUCAGGAGAGCAUAGCCAAUCAUCAUGGUAGAACUUGCUGCGUAUAGCUCUUUCUCUUGAUGCAUAGUAGGUGUUAAAGACAGUCUUUAGACUUGGGACGUCUUGAUGCCUUUUUAGAAUAUUUAGGCGACGCCAUGUUUAUUCUUCUGGUCCAUGGGUUCAUAGCGUGCGUGAAAUUAGGUGCCACCAUCAACCAUAAGUCGUAUUGACCUCACUGAUGUGCCAUUGUGACGUUACAAGGUCAGAGGUCAAUGUCAAGGUGAUGCUUAUCAUCCUCUGUGGAGGUUGUACGGCCACAGGAAACACCAUGUUUAGGAGUUGAUAUCUGCAACACCGUAGAGGCCAUUCCAGACCACAAAACAUUUGUUUUGACUGGCCACCAUAUCAAUACGUUAGGAAGCUUGACUUUAAGGCUUGGCAUAACUAUGAGAAAGAUAAUCUUUGGAAUGACCCGGUAUGACCCGGUAUGACCCUGGUUAUCUUUUUAUCGUCACCUUUGCAAUUCAUUGACCACAUCAUCUUCACCUUCAUUUCCGACGCUGAUCACACUGGAUGUUUGGAAAACGUAAAUUAGGGCUUUCACAAUAACUUAUAAGCUUUUGUGUCACUUUGUACACAUGAUGUAGAGACACACCUUCUUUCGGUGUCGUUUUUAUCCCAUUGUCAAUCAGCAGUUGUUAACGGUCUUAUCAAGAGGAAAGAGUAAGAUUAUCCAAUUUUGCACCAAUCAUGCUAAUUAAUUACCGUUUCAAUUUUAAUCCAGUUUCCGAUACGUCUUCGCCAAUUAUGUGGGGCCUGGUGACCAUUAAUUAACACAAUAAAACCGUCAGCAGUUCGUCUUAAUUGUGUUAUCCAAAUGUUUUGUAGGACACAGAAGAAAAUUACAGUUCCUUAAUCUUUUUGACUAGAAUGUGGCAGUAAGCUUUAAGUAGUUAUGUCAUUUGUUUAUUGAGAAAAGGCAUACAAGCCGCCUUGUUUACAAAUAUAUUAAUGCUAAUAACUUAUGACCUUAUUCUGAAAUAAAUUAAUAUUUACCACUUCGCUUUUUGUCUUAGAUAUUUGAUAUUUUAUGUAAAAAACAUCAAUCUCUCUAAAUUGUAAGUAAUAAUACAUUUUUAUAUUAUAUUCUAUAAACUUUGUAAAAAAAAAAUCAAAGGUUACCAUACUGAAUUUUAAAUGUCUUUACUACUUUUAAAUGUUUUACAAUGCGUAGCUCUCUAUGAUAUUAAAUCGAAUUUGGGGUUGCAACUUUUCAAUUAUAAUUUAAGGCAAUUCAAGCCAUUUUCACUGUAAAUGUACGCUGGUGCUUUGGCGGGAAAUUCGAAAUAGGAAAAUGAUGUGUGUUUUGUAAUGUCGUCUGUAUCUCAAAAGUAGAACAUGUAUCAACCUCUUCAUUUGGAGUUUAAUUUAAUUAACGAGUUAUUUUCUUUCCAAUCUUUUUUUCAGCUGAAUAGGAUUUAUUAUAUUAUAGAGAUGUUUACCUUCUGUCGUUUGUACUGUAGAAAAAUCAUCACAUUUUGCCUUCGUAAUUUAUGAAAAUGAAAACUAUUUCAAAACCAGACAUUUUUUCAAAAUGGAAACAUGUGCCAAACCCUUUGUACAUAUUGGUUUUGAGAUUUAAAAAAGAAUGACUGGUGAAAUUUAACUAAAAUUGAUUGGAAUGUAUAUAAUAGGUUGUUUUUUUCUUCAGGGGAACACCCUUCUACAAACUAUGACUUCGUUGCAAUGAUUGUAAAUAACAUACAAAUCUUACGUAUUGCUGCUUCUACAAGUUUCUAGAUAUUAAAACAAAAACACGGUGACGGGACACCGAUUUGCUGCGCAUGGAUAUAUUUUGUAUCAUUAAUAAAUCUUUUAUGUUGCCUGUGAUUUCAAUCGCCGUCACUAAUUUGCUGCGUACAAGAAUUUAGAGAUAUAUUUUCGUCUUGAAGUAAUACAUUUAACGUUCGUCUGUUUCAUGUGGUGUCAUCAUGCAUACAUUUGUUUUAAGAGAUUUUUGUAGUGAUGCUUUCUUUGUCGCUGGCAGGCAAUCUCGCUUGAACUGUCAGAAAAUCAUCUUUUAAAAUUUUGAUUGCGUUAUUGAAUUUCUCCUUUGCAUCCCUUUACUAUAGAGCUUCUUUUAAAUCAGGGUAGGAAAUAUGGUACGGUCAAACAUGGCUUCCAUUUAGUUUUCUGGAAUUGAGCAUUUGAUUAACAAAUAGAUCUAUACUCUAUCCUUAUGAUACUGUCAAGUUACGAAUUAAUCCCUACUUUCUCUCCCUUUUUUUGUUUUCUCUUUUCUUCUUUUCCUCAAUCGUCAUGGUUAUUCAUCAAUGUUAUCUCUCUCUCUCUCUCUCUCUCUCUCUCUCUCUUUCUUUACCCCUCUCUCUCUCUCUCUCUCUCUCUCUCUCUCUCUCUCUCUCUCUCUCUUUACCCCCCCCCCCCUCUCUCUCUCUCUCUUUCCAACGCCUUUUCUCCUUGUCAAAGCCUAAUAAGGGUUCCAAGAAGGACAAUAAAAAAAUUAUGUAGACAGUGCCUUAUGUAACUGUCUUUGAAUCGCAUUUUCACUUUUUUUCCAGAUCAAUACUGUAAAAUUACUAUCUAGCGAUGUUUUGACGAAAUGAAUACUUAGAAGAAGAAAAAAAAUCUUUGAAUCUAUCAUGUUAGCUCGCAAGUAUGGUCAUUUGGAGGAAUGUUUACAUUUUCUAACAUGACGUUAAGUCGCUGAAACAUGCACAAAUUAUUGUAAUUCUUAUAAAAAAUGAAAUUAUAGAUUGAACACGAUUUAUCUUAAAUAAGUUUCAUGUUGGAUUAAGCCGCAUUUCUAUAUUAAAUAAGUAAUAAUCACCAAUUAGAAAUCAUAGCCUUCAAAGUUGGCAUGCUAAUGACCAGUCAUUGAUAUUGAUUAAGAUAAUAUUUAAUGUGUUUCCGUUUCCUUUAAUUUUAUCUCAUGAUGUAUUAUAUUCCUUGUUAUUCCGAUGAUUUAGAUUAAUUUGGUAGAAAGAGAUAUUCUUUUGUAAUUUAUACGUUAACAUCUCCUUCUCCUUUUACAAUAAACACACUAUUUUGUGCAAUUAUUGUCUACUUUUAAAAUGUGUAUUUAAGGUUAGUGUAUUUUGUUCUAUAUCAUCACGUUCUUACUAAAGAUCGCUGUUGCAAUUAUUGUUUUACCAAUGUUAACCUUGGUAAAGAAAAUCAUUUUUGAAUUGUAACUUAGUAUCACGAUAACCCGUGGAUUUAAAGUAACAUUUUUUGUUUUCAUUCUGUCAUGUUUUGAAGGGUGUGUUUAUAUUUCGGGUAUAUAUAUUUUCAACCGUUUAGUUCGAUGAGCGUUAUAUUCAUCAACUUUUGUGAAGUUCCAAUAAUUAAGGAAUUUAUUUGAAUUUGUUGGUGUUGGGAGGUGAAAGAGAAAAUUACAAAAAGGCAUGUACAUAAUAUUUCACAUUAUUGUCUUGAGAAAUAAAUUAUACUUGGAAUUACUCACUUAAAAA